AUGGGCGCCGUCGUUUCUUGCAUCCAAAGCGUCUUCCGCACCAUCGGCCGCGCCAUCAUGGGCGUCGUGAACGGCAUCGGCUCGAUCCUCAUGGCCAUCAUCAACGGCGUCAUCGGCGUCAUCGACGUGAUCGUCGGCUUUUUGACGUGCAACUACUGCGGCAGCCGUCGCGGUCGCAUGAGGAGGAGGAGCGGUGGCAUGGGACGGAGGAGACAUGCUGGUACUACUGCGGCGAUCUAA